CAUGCGCUCCAGCCAGGUCUCUCUGCGCUUCCGGUACAGCUCGCGCCGCUUGUGUUUGUACCUCUGGGCCGGAACUGCAGGCAGGCAGUAGAAGCUCUUCCUGUCCCUGUUGGAGCGGUUGAAGCAGCCGUGGACCCCGCAGUUGUUGACCAUGUCUCCAGCAGGAGCUCCAGCGGCGGAGGGGAAGCGAACUCAUCUGCAGCUCGGGUCACAUCUCCACUCCGGAACAGAACCGGAACACCGCGGGUUCAUUACCGAUAACUGCAGGGCUCACAUGGCAAUCAGAGCCAGGCAGCAGAAGAGGGUUCGGUUCGGUUCGGUUCUGUUGUUGUUUGUUUUGUUGCUCAGAGGAACGGAGCUCCUCAGCGCUGUGAGCAGCACGGACUGAGUUCAGCGGGACACACGGGACCGGAAGUGAGCAGCGCACACGUGCAGAUGGAGAAAGCGCGGAGUCCCGGGCGGGUUAAAGCCGGAACCAAACCCAGAGCCGGCUGUAGGAACCGGGGGAGGAAGUGUGUGAUAAUGUUCGAUGAUAAAGACAGAAAUGAGUUCCUCACAGGGUUCCACAAGAGGAAGGUGGAGAGACGUAAAGCGGCGGUGGAGGAAAUAAAGAACAAACUGAGAGAGGAGCAGAAACGAUUGAGAGAGGAGAGACAAAAAGAAUACCUGAAGAUGCUGAAGGAGAGGAGGGAGGCACUCGAAGAUGCAGAUGAACUGGAUGAUGUCAUCACCUCAACUACAGAGUCGGUGCAGUACGAUCACCCCAACCACACUGUUACCGUGACAACCAUCAGCGACCUCGAUCUGUCUGGCGCCCGGCUGCUGCAGUCUCUGACCAAUCAGGCAGCAGGAGCGAGUGAUGAAGAUGAAGAUAAAAGAGGUGAUGAAGAGGAGAAAGUAGAAGCUUUACCCAGGAAAGCUGGAAAUCCUCUGCUGUCUAAAAAGAUCCAGUCUCUGUCAGCAUCGCUUCACUCCUUCACCAAACAGAAAAAGAAGAAAAGAAGUAAAAUGGAUAUCAGGGGGCGGAGUCAGCAGGGGGACAGGAAGUCAUUGGUUGCUGUGGGCAACAAGCACCACCUCGGCAGAACGACAAAGAAGCAGCGGCGCAGGAGAACGGGCAGGAAGGAGCGGAGUGCGGACUGAGGGAUUCCUCGUGGUCUUCUUUAUUUCACAUCACCAACAACAGGACAUUUAAAGGAAAACGGAUUUAUUACUUUGUUUAUAGUUGUAAAUAUUCCAGAAGACUCAGUAGAACCAUCAGAGUGGUUCCUCAACCCUGGAGUCCAUGACUUCACCCUGGACUGAUCUCCCAGAGCCUGGUGAUGGAAGAUGGUUCUGACGUGCUCUUUAAUCCCAGUACACUCCUGUGUGGUGUGGGAUGCAGAUAUGGGGUGUGGCCAGUUGUUAUGGUAACCAGGGAAGUUUCAUCUCUAACACUGAAAGCUGAGCGCGUCCUGCACGUGACCGUUUUUCAUUUUUAUCAUGGUGUUAUUUUAAUGACUGGGUACUGGCCUUUACAGUGUUGAGCAGAACCAUGUUAGAAGGAAACACACACACUGUAACUGUAAUCACCUGGAUCAGGUGUGUCACAUCUCACUAAUAGAACUCCAGUACAGUGUGUUCUGAUUGGCUGAGAGCAGUCACUGGGUGUGUCCUGUUUCAUAACUAAUGGAAUAUGAAACUGCCUCACAUUUAUACAUAUUUUCGACUACGUUAUUAAUAAAAGUCAUAUUUACAGUC